AUGGCUGUCUUUUCCAAAACACACGGAUCCCCAAAAAUAAAGGUCCAUCAUGGCAAACACUCAUCUCCAUUGGCGCUCUCCAUUCGUCUUGAAUCCCCACCCAUAAUGCUCUACGGAGCUCCCCAGGACCUGUCCGGGUCGUUGGUUUCGGGGCUUCUCUUUCUCGAAGUCAACCCUACCAAAAAAAUCAAACUUGAAAAUGUUUCGUUGUCUCUCACCCAAACCGUCCACUACUCCAAACCAUUCAUUAUUCCAUCGACUUCCGUGGCCGCUUGUUCCGACUGUACCACCAAGAAAACCGUGCUUGCAAGAUGGGAUGCUCUUACGUCUACAACAGAGUUCUCUCCUGGUCGCCAUGCUUAUCCAUUUUCUCAUUUGUUACCAGGUUCACUUCCUGCUUCGUGCAAGCUUGGUUCGCACAUGACGAGUCUGUAUAUCAAGUACGAGUUGGUAGCGGAAGCUGUCGGCCGUGAUAUCAAGCACACAAAAGUUGUACUACCACUAGAUAUUACCAGGUCCAUUUUGAGAGGCCCGGAUCGCAAUUCUUUGCGGGUAUUUCCUCCCACCGAAGUCACUGCUUCUGCCGUUCUUCCCAGCGUUAUAUACCCAAAGCUGCAGUUUCCGAUCGAGUUGAAGCUAGAUAACGUCGUAAGCUCCAAAAUGGAUAAACGCUGGCGUAUGCGGAAGCUCAUUUGGAGACUUGAAGAGCGCACCAAGGUUCGUGCUUCGACAUGCCAAAAGCACGAAUCCAAGCUUCGCCAAACAGAAGAGUCACAACGCAAAAUACGAAGUAAGUCUCCACCAAAAUCGAAUGCUGGUCUCCAUCAUAGUACAAUUCAGACAGGAAUGCUUAUAAUACCGGAAACUGAAUCUCAACCCCAUGAGCUUGACGCUGGAACUGACGGUGUGGAACAUGAGGUAGAAGCACCAGAAAACGACACCACCGAGACAGAACGAAGCAGACCCAUACACGUUCACGAGACCUUUGUCGAGGACUUUCUUCGAGACGUUAGUCCCACACCUGCUCCUACAAUCACACCUGCAGAUUCCAACACCAGUUUACAACCAUCUCCAACCAACUCCACCACCCAGCUUUACCUCGAAGAAGUGCGCACUGUAUCACACGGAGAGAUCAAAACUGGCUGGAAAUCAGACUUUAGUGGCCGUGGAAAGAUAGAGUUGGUGGCAGAUAUCAACCUCAUCAACUUUCUGACUGGCGUCCACAACCACAUUGCCAAUGCCUCCAGCGACAACCACAAAUUGCACGAGGACGACCAGGGACCCAUAAAAGGAGCUAAUGUGGCAUGCGAUGUCGAAGAUCCCCAGCUAGGAAUUUAUGUGAGCCAUACACUCAUCGUCGAGGUGGUGGUCGCCGAAGAGUUAAUUCUGAAUGAGAGGAAAAGAAGAACCCCAGGCCUUGAACCCGUUCCCUCGAAUUCAAGUACGGCUUCAGCAGCAAGCACAACAAAUUUGGCACCAACCACUAGCACUGGUGGACUGCCAUCUCUCUCUGCUGGAGUCCCCACCGGAGCUGCCCGAGUUCUACGCAUGCAAUUCAAAAUCCCCCUAGUUGAGAGAUCAGGACUAGGAAUUGCCUGGGACGACGAGGUGCCUCCCACGUACGAAGACGUGCGCUCGUUGAGUCCUCCUCACUAUACUGAGUCACCCAGCAGCAUUAGCCUGGUGCUCCAAACACCCACGGUAAUCAACGGGAUUGGUCUGACUCCUUUGGAACCACGAAUCUCUCGUGGAUUGACAAGUGAAAUCCAGGACUUGACUUUAUAG